AUGACGGAGAGAAUAAUCAGCCUGGAGGAGCAGAUGCCAUUAAUGGCGGAGAGAAUGAGGUGUAAGAAGACUGAAGCGAUCGGUCUCUUCUCCAUCUACACACAACUCAUCUACUGCCCCAUCUACACACAACUCAUCUACUGCCCCAUCUACACACAGUUCAUCUACUGCCCCAUCUACACACAGCUCAUCUACUGCCCCAUCUACACACAGCUCAUCUACUGCCCCAUCUACACACAACUCAUCUACUGCCCCAUCUACACACAGCUCAUCUACUGCCCCAUCUACACACAGCUCAUCUACUGCUCCAUCUACACACAGCUCAUCUACUGCCCCAUCUACACACAGCUCAUCUACUGCCCCAUCUACACACAGCUCAUCUACUGCCCCAUCUACACACAGCUCAUCUACUGCUCCAUCUACACACAGCUCAUCUACUGCCCCAUCUACACACAGCUCAUCUACUGCUCCAUCUACACACAGCUCAUCUACUGCCCCAUCUACACACAGCUCAUCUACUGCCCCAUCUACACACAGCUCAUCUACUGCCCCAUCUACACACAGCUCAUCUACUGCUCCAUCUACACACAGCUCAUCUACUGCCCCAUCUACACACAGCUCAUCUACUGCCCCAUCUACACACAGCUCAUUUACUGCUCCAUCUACACACAGCUCAUCUACUGCCCCAUCUACACACAGCUCAUCUACUGCCCCAUCUACACACAGUUCAUCUACUGCCCCAUCUACACACAGCUCAUCUACUGCUCCAUCUACACACAGCUCAUCUACUGCCCCAUCUACACACAGCUCAUCUACUGCUCCAUCUACACACAGCUCAUCUACUGCCCCAUCUACACACAGCUCAUCUACUGCUCCAUCUACACACAGCUCAUCUACUGCCCCAUCUACACACAGCUCAUCUACUGCCCCAUCUACACACAGCUCAUUUACUGCUCCAUCCACACACAGCUCAUCUACUGCCCCAUCUACACACAGCUCAUCUACUGCCCCAUCUACACACAGCUCAUCUACUGCUCCAUCUACACACAGCUCAUCUACUGCUCCAUCUACACACAGCUCAUCUACUGCCCCAUCUACACACAACUCAUCUACUGUUCCAUCUACACACAGCUCAUCUACUGCCCCAUCUACACACAGUUCAUCUACUGCCCCAUCUACACACAGCUCAUCUACUGCUCCAUCUACACACAGCUCAUCUACUGCCCCAUCUACACACAGCUCAUCUACUGCUCCAUCUACACACAGCUCAUCUACUGCCCCAUCUACACACACUCAUCUACUGCUCCAUCUACACACAACUCAUCUACUGCUCCAUCUACACACAGCUCAUCUACUGCCCCAUCUAUACACAGCUCAUCUACUGCCCCAUCUACACACAGCUCAUCUACUGCCCCAUCUACACACAGCUCAUCUACUGCCCCAUCUACACACAGCUCAUCUACUGCUCCAUCUACACACAGCUCAUCUACUGCUCCAUCUACACACAGCUUACCUACUGCCCCAUCUACACACAGCUCAUCUACUGCCCCAUCUACACACAGCUCAUCUACUGCCCCAUCUACACACAGCUCGUCUACUGCCCCAUCUACACACAACUCAUCUACUGCCCCAUCUACACACAACUCAUCUACUGCCCCAUCUACACACAACUCAUCUACUGCCCCAUCUACACACAGCUCAUCUACUGCUCCAUCUACACACAGCUCAUCUACUGCCCCAUCUACACACAGCUCAUCUACUACUCCAUUUACACACAGCUCAUCUACUGCCCCAUCUACACACAGCUCAUCUACUGCUCCAUCUACACACAGCUCAUCUACACACAGCUCAUCUACUGCUCCAUCUACACACAGCUCAUCUACUGCCCCAUCUACACACAGCUCAUCUACUGCUCCAUCUACACACAGCUCAUCUACUGCCCCAUCUACACACAGUUCAUCUACUGCUCCAUCUACACACAGCUCAUCUACUGCCCCAUCUACACACAGCUCAUCUACUGCCCCAUCUACACACAGCUCAUCUACUGCUCCAUCUACACACAACUCAUCUACUGCUCCAUCUACACACAGCUCAUCUACUGCCCCAUCUACACACAGCUCAUCUACUGCCCCAUCUACACACAGCUCAUCUACUGCCCCAUCUACACACAGCUCAUCUACUGCCCCAUCUACACACAGCUCAUCUACUGCUCCAUCUACACACAGCUCAUCUACUGCUCCAUCUACACACAGCUUACCUACUGCCCCAUCUACACACAGCUCAUCUACUGCCCCAUCAACACACAGCUCAUCUACUGCCCCAUCUACACACAGCUCAUCUACUGCCCAAUCUACACACAGCUCAUCUACUGCUCCAUCUACACACAGCUCAUCUACUGCCCCAUCAACACACGGCUCAUCUACUGCCCCAUCUACACACAGCUCAUCUACUGCCCCAUCUACACACAGCUCAUCUACUGCCCCAUCUACACACAGCUCAUCUACAACCCCAGCUGCACACACAGUUCCUUUACUACUCCAGCUGCACACACAGUUCCUUUACUACUCCAGCUGCCCACACAGUUCCUUUACUACUCAAGCUGCCCACACAGUUCCUUUACUAUGCCAGCUGCCCACACAGUUCAUUUACUACUCCGGCUGCCCACACAGUUACUUUACUACUCCAGUUGCGCACACAGUUACUUUACUAUUCCAGCUGCACACACAGUUCCUUUACUACUCCAGUUGCCCACACAGUUCCUUUACUACUCCAGCUGCCCACACAGUUCCUUUACUACGCCAGCUGCCCACACAGUUCAUUUACUACUCCGGCUGCCCACACAGUUACUUUACUAUUCCAGCUGCACACACAGAUCCUUUACUACUCCAGUUGCACACACAGUUCCUUUACUACUCCAGAUGCAGGUACUCAUUGAUCCUGAGACACAACUUUCCAGAGUCACGGCAUGUACGGUAUUUAAAUGAAAACUAUUAUUGUUACUGUCCCCCCACCCCCUCCAUUCCAAGUGCUUGA